ACACUCAGAGGGGGCGGACGUAAGUUCCCGAUUGUAUUCCCAGACGGGUUUUGGGGAAGUGACAUAGAUGUCAGUGAAUGCGUGAAUAGUUCUUCAGCAAACGGAUUAUGGCUGCAAAGGAGAGAAGUCUGUUAAUGUGAAAUGACGUUUUCACAAUGGUUAUCCUCUUGCUCUUGUUUAACGUCGUCCGAGCACUGCCUGAGUCACUGCCGCCGCCGCAUGUUGACAACUGGCAGCUGACUUGGACUCCUGGCACCCAGGACAGAAACGUGAGCUACAGCGUCCAGUACAGUACAAGCUUUAGGGACAAAAAGCCAGUGUGGGAAAACGUGGAAGACUGUGUCCAGACGUCUUUGAAUUCCUGUAAUGUCAGUUUCACCAAAGCUAAAGAAAGUGAUGGCUGCGUGAUGCUGCGAGUGCAAGCAAUGAGAGACGAGCAGGCGUCAGAACAAGAUGCUUGUAGCACACACAGUGACUCCUGUACCCCUGAAGUCAAUCUGACGGCACAUACCGGGUCCCUCACUGUAGUUCUGAUCAGGGAGCACAGUCUGUACAGGGAAUAUGCAGAAGGUGUAAAUCAAAGGAUUUACUUUGGAAAGGAGGGAGAGCCCCUAGAGGAGUACGGAGAUUUUUUUGCCUCACACACCAUCGACAACCUGGAGCCGGGACAACGUUACUGUGUAAGAGUACAGUACGUUCGUUUGGAUAGACCCAUCGGACUGAGCACCUGCCCGCAGUGUGAGGUCAUCCCUCCGUCAAGGUUAAAACAGUCGAAUAUAAUAGUAGCUGUUGUGGUCAGCGUCGCCGUCUUGAUUGCUCUGGUAACGGCCAUUGUGUACAUCCUCAUCGUCAAACUUGAGAAAAUCAAACGGUGGCUGCAACUUCCGAUGAGGGUACCACCUGACUUCCAUGAUCGAUUUAACGGCCCGAGCAUUCCCAUCUACAUCAGAACCCCCACCGAGGAGGUUUUUGAUACCAUCUCUGACAUGAUCCCGAACAAGUGAAGGCUGCUGACCUUCUUCUGCGUGAAACUUCCUCUUUCUGUUCUGCUCAACAUGGGCAUCAACUUCCUCCUGAAGACAGACAGAGAGAGUCUGAGAGGAAUUUGAACUCAGCAUAACUGAGGACUUCAUGAUUCUCGUUUUAGCCUCAUUUGAUCGACAUUUCAUUUGCUGUCCAGGAGAGAAAGCCCCCACUUUGAAUUGGUUUCAUACGGCUGGAAACUUCCAAGGAAAAAGUAACGUUUGCACUAAAGGUUUCUGUCUAUCUGUAAAGCACUUUUCAUUUCCCAGAGAAGAAUUUGUAAAAGUUGUGUUUGUGUCCCUACAGUAUGCCAACUCAAAUAACAAAGUGCCCUUUGCCCUGUUGACUUCCAUUUUGGAAGGCCACGGUCAACUCAAGUCUGUCUGAAAAUAAUAAUCGGGUCCCAAUAAGAACACUGAAACACUGUUUUUUCUUGCUGUAAUCAUUCCUCCUGUUCAUACAGACCAUUACAGUCCUCCCUCCAAGCAAAAACUGUAUUUAAAGGUUUAUUUGAACUGAGUCUGAGUCAGUUAAAUCAAGUGAAAAUCCUCCAAAGUUAAAACAUCCCCUUGAUUGGACUCAUUUGAACGGAUGAAACGAGGGCUUUGGAUUACGAACAGAAGGAUUAUCAGCACCGAUCUCCACUGAUGGGAUAUGAUUCACUUCACAAAGUCAGUUACAUCAGAUAAAUCCCAAUGUGGUAAAAAUAUCUUCUACACUCAAGGAGUGAGCAGUACUUUAGCUGUCUCGAACAAUACAGGCUGAAAUGUAAAUACAUUGCUGCAUUAUGACGCAUCUACGGGCUGCAGUGCGUGCAAAGGCUUCAUCACGAUCCUCACUGUUUAAAAUAAACGCUCUCAUACAUCCUCUCUGAUGAUCAGACAGCAGAAAGUGAAAGUCCUGCUCACUGAUUCAUCUGCACUGAUAUCUCUAGCUACCCGGCAGGCUGAAUUCAGUAGAAUCUGCACGCUUCCACUACUCGUAGUCAGAGAUAAUAUCUCAUUAACAAACUAACAGAGCUCAGAUCGGUGUGCAGAGUCUCUUCCUCUCAUUGGUGAGAUCUGUUGAUGCACAACAAGAUAAGCCAGAGUCGGUUUAUCAAACUGAGUUGCGACAGUCUUGAGUUGUGACUCAAAGUAAAGUAAGCAUCUUACACAUUUAACUGAACCACUGCAGACACACGUUUAUUAAGAAAAUCCAAAUAUCAGCAUUUUAAGAAUCUACAUCAGAUCAUUCUAAUAAAAAAUGUGAUUCCUCUGAUUGUUUUUUUUUUUUAAUCCAGCCACAAUUAAUGUUAAAUCUUUCUUGGUUACAGCAAGUAAAACCUCUUUCAUAUGUUCACAUGUUCAUAUUGUCUCCUGACUUCUGCUUUCAGACAGACUGUUAGGACAAACAGCCGCAGUUACACAGAAUCAACGUGUUGAAACCCCACAGAAACGUCUAUUUAACACUAGUUUUAGGGAAGACGACUGCAGGUCGCUCCCUCUGAGCCACGGAAACUGCUGAUCGGUUAAAGACAUAAUCACUGGACUUCACUUUUAUGUCUGUUUAACAACAGUCACAACAUUCAGGCAGGAUUCAUAUAGGCAGCAAUGACCCAGAUCAGCAGCAUCCUCUAACACUCGUAGCAUUAGAGCCGACCUGAAGCCUCUGCGGGGACGUAAAGAGGACGUGAUAAUGUGGUGAUAAGAUAACCAGGCAGUAAAAUUCCCCACGAAAUGAGCUACGUGACAUGAACUGUGAGCUGGGAGGAAAUGUUCAAAGCUUGUGCACACAGACGUCUCUAUUUCCUUCCCUUUAUCAUGAACGAACAAACACUUGACCCAUCUUUAAGUAGGUGAAUAACAGCUUUUAUCAUUUUAUCUCCUCAUAGCAGCAAAUAGAACUCCUAAUCAGAUUAUUUAAACCUUCUCAGAGCUUGUUUUCUCUUUAAUGCAACUUUUUGGCAGGAAAUGAGCUGCGACAUGCCAUUACCUCAGAAACACUUCCUCCUCUGAAUAAUUUUAAAGGCCUUUUGCUGCCCUGAAGGAAGCAUGUCGUCGUUUUACAUAAUCCUCGACUCGAGGUGGAGCGAUGUGGUUACUGAUGGUAUGACCUGUACGCUUCUCUUCUUUUAUUCUUCCCUUGUGUUGCUUUUUAUGUGUUUGUAUUAUGUUCUGAGAGAUCUCGUAUCUCUAAAGGACCUCGUUAGCUAAAUAACGGAUUAAUAAAACAAAAAUAAACAAUAUCAGGGCCUGUAUUCACAACGAAUCUUAACUUCCUGUUAAAGAGUUUCCUCUUUAGGCCUGCUGACAGCCACUUUUACUGAGGAACUGAGAAAACUCCAGAGAUAAAGUCACACAUUUUGAAGUAAUAUAUUGACUUGUUAAAGCAGAUUAUGUUUGACAUCAAAUGGCAUCUACAUGUUGAUCCUCUCAUGAUAUUGAUAACUUGUCAGCAGUUGGUUAUUAAAUGACUUCAACUGCUGAAUGAAAGAACAAGCGUGUUUUUGUUGUGAUUAAUGAUUCUGACAGACAGCAGUUAUAUUUUAAACUCAUCAGUGAUCCAAACUGCGUUCAUCCAGUGUCCAAAUAGUGGAUCAUCUUUUAGUUUUUAUAGACUGAUCUGAUCCGAGAAGAUGGAUCUCCUCACUGCCUUAAAGAUCACAGAGUUUAUUCAAGUGAUUUAGUGCAAAAGAGAUGAUUUAGAUAUUAUAACUAUAAGUCGGACUCAGUUUUUCUCUCUGCAGACUUUACGUUCAGUUCAGACUUGUAUUUGAAAGUGAUACAGAAACAUUUCAGUUUAACCUCAUGAGACCGACGUGUUUAUUCAAACAUGAGACUGAUUCCUCUGAACUUCCUCUUAAAUCUUCGUCUGUCUUAUCUUCAGGAGUUUCUCUUAACUCGGCCAGUUAAGAGCUUUCAGGAUGAACAUUUUCUUUAAUUCUCAAAUCUUACUGAACUGUUCUUUUUGCCUUUUUCAUUGAAUUACGACUGUAAAAGAUUAGCUAAUAACCUCCAGCUUUGGACGCUCCUUAUUAUUCCCUUGAAUGAGAAAAUGUUUUCUUGUUACUUUACAUCCAUGAACUCUGUAUAAUGAUGUCAUUUGUCUGUCUGGCGUUUUCUAAAAUGUCUGUUAGCUAUCAAGGUUCUUCCACACUUUAUUGUCUCGUCUCAGUUGUGAAUUAUUUUGGGUAAAAGCAUUUUUCAGAUGACUAGAUGUAAACUUCUGUAUUUGAUUAUAAAAUGUGCAGUAAAGAGCUCAAAUUUA